CUACAAACAUUUCAGCCAUUUCCAAAUUAACACGAUGGACACAACAAAACUGAUAUACAGUAUCAUCGGUGCAGUCGGCUGUUCGACUAAUGGGUUUGCGCUAUUCAUUCUAUUUCACUUACAGAAUCGGUUCAGUACAACAACUCUCUUAAUCUCAAAUCAGUGUAUCAUCGACGUUUUUGCAUCUUUGACGUCGCUUUGUCUUUUUCUCGAUCCAGACUUGAUGACUCGGCUCCCAGAAUCAAACGUUGCAGCAACAUUUAUUUGUAAGUUCUGGUCAAGCAAGUAUAUAUUCUGGUCAUGUACAUACACCUCAACGGCUAACCUUGUGGUACUUACAUUUGAUCGUUACUUUGCUGUAAUAUAUCCACUAAAAUACAAUAUGCUCAAGGAAAAGGCGAAGAUAAAAGUAUUACUUUUGCUGAUUCCCUGGAUAUGUGGUUUUGGAUUUAUAUUCCUGUGGCUAAUGGUACACAGUGUAAAGAAUGGAGAGUGUAUCCAAAGUUGGCCAAGUGUUGGUUAUCAGAAAGCGUAUUCUUUGAUGUGUGGUAUGUACAUCCUUGUUGCUCCUGUGAGUGUAAUGCUGUUUGUUUACUUUAACAUUUUUCGUGCACUCCGAGAACGAGUUGGAGAUGGUUCAUCCGCUGUAAGUGAGAACAGUGCAGCCAGACGACUGAAUAUCAUUAAGACAAUGGUGAUAGUUGGUGUAACGUACGUUAUUUGUUGGGCUCCGACCGAAAUAUGUUUUAUCUAUUUUACAUUGGGUGGCGAGUUUGAUUUUAAUGGAUCAAUUUACUACAUUACAGUAGCAAUGUCUUUGUGUAACAUCUGCAUAAAUCCCAUUAUAUACACGUUCAAAUAUAAUGACUUUAGAGUUGGUGUGCAAAAAACUCUGCCAUGUUUUAAAUACCUACUUACUCUGCCAUGUCAUAAGUCUGCAUCUACAAUACAACAAGCUUUUCCAUCGGGAACUGUAUCAACAAACGUCGUGACGUAG